AUGGGAGCUAUCAUAGGUAAAAAGAAAAAGAAGGAUAAAACAAAAAGCAACAUUAAUAAGCUUAACGACUAAGCAAAUUAGCUAAAAGAUGAUUACCAUGAAGAUACAAAUGAUGCUGCUAACUUAGCAAUUGCUAUUUGCAAUAAGGAUGAAUCCAUUAAUGUAGAAAUGCAUUUUUCUUGUGAGCAGUUACCAGCUAUGGAUCUACUUGGUAAAACAGAUGCAGUAAUUUAUGUUGAAGAAAAAGUUGGUGACUAAUGGAUUCCUAAAGGUAGAACUGAAGUCAUUCCUGAAAAUUUAAAUCCUAAAUUCCUUAAAUAUUUUAUCUUUCCUUACAACGUAGAAAAAGUUUAGACAUUUAGGCUUCUUGCUUAUGAUAUAGACAAUUUUGAUGAUAUUGAAGAGUAUAUUGAUGACAAUAAUAGAUAUAAAUAAGAUUAUAUUGGUUCAGUAGAAUUUGUAUUAAGAGAAGUAAUGUGUAGCUCAAAUUACCAACUCUAGAAACCCAUUUUUCAUGAAAAAAAAGAUAACAGAGGUUUCCUUACUAUUAGAUGUAAUGAAUAUGAUGCAGGUGGAGAAAAGAUGUUAUUUCACCUUGGGUGCUCACAAUUUUAAUCUAAAAAUGAAUUAUUCAUUAGAGUAUCUUCUUAAAUUGACGGUAGAACCUAUUAGCCUAUUUACCGUACUGAAAAUUUAAAGAAUAAAAAAAAUUUAGUUCUUUGGAAUGAGUUUGAAAUCCCUUUAUCUAAAUUCGGUAUGGAUGAUAAAGCUUAUUGCAAAUUAGAAGUAGUGGAAUUUUACAAGGAUAAACCUGAAUAGAUUCUAGGAGAAUUUGAAAAUACUCUCAGCUAUUUUAAAGAAAACACUAAAAAAAGGCAGAGAAUUAUAAUUAAUUCUCUAUUUAAAGGAGAAAUCAUCUUUUAAAAUAUAGUCAGCUUUAAGAGAGUGAGUUUUAUAAAUUAUCUUCUCUCUAAUGCUCAAAUAUGUCUGCUAACUGCUAUUGAUUUUACUAACUCAAACAAGCCUUAAACAUCUUAGGAUUCUUUUCAUCGAAGUAUAGACCCUGAUAAUCCAAAUGAUGAAAAUUAGUACUGCAAGGCUUUAAGGUAAUUGAAUGACAUUUUGGAAUAGUUUGAUCAUGAUAAUUUAAUUCCUCUUUAUGGAUUUGGUGCAAAAUUGCCACCAUUUUAUAAUGUGGUUUCUAAUUGCUUUGCACUGAAUGGAAAUUACUUUAAUCCAUUAAUUAAUGGAAGUGAUGGAGUUGUCUAAACUUAUAAAGAAAAAUUUAUGUAUCUUUAGUUUCAUGGACCAACGAUAUUCUCUGAAAUUAUAAAGCUAGGUGCUCAUUAUGCAAAAGCAGAAGCAGUCAGUUAAAAAAAUUAAAAGUAUUAUGUAAUGCUUAUUGUGACAGAUAGUGAUCCAAACGAUUUAGAUUCUAUGAUAGACGAGUUAGUGGAAGCAAGUGCCUAUCCAAUUAGUUAUUUGAUAGUUGGUCUCGGCGAUAACCCAUUUCCUAAGAUGCAGCAAGAACUAAAAGGAACAGGAAAUGAUUAUAAAAUACAUUCUAAAAGAUUAAAUAAAUCUUCUGAAAGAAACAACAUUCAUUUUUUUACUUUUAGUGAAUAUUGUUAGGAUUAAUUAAAGUUAGCUAGAGAAUGCAUGAGAUAUCUACCUUAGCAAUUUUUACAAUAUAUGGAUAAAAGAGGUAUUAUCCCAAUUGAUACAAAAAGAGAUCUCAAAACAGCUAGAACUGAGUAUAUGCGUUUAAAAAUAGACUAGCAUAAAAAAAGAGAUAAAUAAAAAUCACAAAACACAGCAGCUAAAAUUAUACCUGAAAAGUGGCAAACUGCUAUGAAAGAUGAGUUCAAAGAAAAAUUGUUGCAAUUAGGGUACGACGAAGAGAAUGUGAAUUAUUUAAUUGAAUAUGAAAAUAUUCCUGCUCCAGAUCUUAAUUUAUUCAUAGAAAUGCUAAGUCUUAGAAAAGAAGAUUUAAAAUUAAAAAAAAAAUUAGAAAUGAAAGACAAUUACAACCAUAAAAAUUAACUUUCAACUAGAGUAGCUAUUCCCUAAAAAGUAAACAAAGCUGUUUAAAAAAAUAGCAUGUCAAGUAAAGAAAAAGUUGGUUAAAGAGUAUUUCAAGUGGAUGCAAACAAUCAGCUUGAUCUGAUUAUGAAAAGAAAAAAGAAAGAAAUCAGUUCAGUAUAACAAAUAUUCAUUCAAAGUAUUUAAAUUUAGCACGACCCAUAAAAAUUCUACAACUAGCAAAUUAAAGUUAGAAGAAGCCACUCAAACUCAUCAACAAGCAAUUUUCUGUUCCAAAAAAAUGCUUUCUAAAAUGAAAAAAAAUAAUAAGAUGAGGAACAAAUAAACAAAGAAUUAACAAGUGUAUCAGAUUCUGAUUGUGAUAGUUCAGAUUCAGACUUGAAGAGAAAAAGAAAUAAAAAGAAGAAAUAAUUUGCUUUAAAAAAAUAAUAAAAUUAAUAAAAAAUGAAACUAUAAAAUUAGUAAUAGGAUUAAUAAAUAAAUGAAGAAAUGGAGCCGAUAAUUACUAUUUAAAACUCUACCACAAAAGCAAAUGAAUAUCUUGUUUCUUAAGCCUUGUAAAACGAUUUAAAUUUAUAUUUUUAAAACACAAAUUAUUGCUUAAUUUGCAACUAAAAUUAAGUGAAUACAGUAUUUAUGCCUUGUGGUCAUGCAGGAUAUUGCUAAUCUUGUACUUAAGAAAAUUUAUAUGAAGACAUAUGUCCUAUUUGUAAUAGAAAAUUUUAUACCAUAAUGCUUACAUAGUUUGUAGAUGAAAGUAAAGAAUGA